UAGGCCAUCGAAACAUCAGGCAUGGCUGAAGAAAGCAGCAACGAAUACACGCCUCUUGACUUAAGCAUGAAGGACAAAGCAACACGAAGUACAAGCCGUGACGGUACCCAGAACGCUUCAUCUACUUUGGGCGCCUUCACAACUAUUUCUGACGACACCUUGCGUAACCAGGGGAACACAGAGCCAAGGCCAAUAACCGACGGGACUUGCAACGUCGACGGUGUCACUGACAAUGGCAGCACAAUUUGCCAGACCCGACGGUCCAUCAGGACCAUCGAUAAAGCAAUGCCCAGCACAAGUCGCGCUGGCAUGGAGGAAGCAUCAGCCAAUUUUGAAGACGGCGCCACGAAUGCUCCUGGAACCGGAGGAAGGGAACAGCGAGAGUUGUGCGGUGCAUGUGGCAACGUUUCGAGCAGACGCGACGCCUUACACGCCAAGGAGCACGCGGAUGACGCAGCCCACAUUUGUAAAGUAUGUCAUCAAUCGUCUGUGAAGAUUUCUAAAGUUGUAGAACAUUGCCGCAACCGUACUGGCAAAAAACACAAAUGUGAAACUUGCAGUAAAGAGUUCCACCGGGCUGAUCUCCUAACUCAACAUUACCGCACGCACACAAACGAGAGACCCCACAAAUGCCAAAUGUGUAAUAAAUCGUUCCGGCGGUCUAGUCAUCUAGAUGAGCAUAAGCGUACUCAUACAGACGAGAGACCCUACAACUGCCAACUGUGUAAUAAAUCGUUCCGGCGGUCUAAUCAUCUAGAUAACCAUAAGCGCAAACACACAGGUGAGAAACCCUACAUUUGCAAAACAUGCGGUAAAUCAUUCGCACAGUCGGCAACUCUCCGUACACAUGAAAACACUCAUGCAAAGGACAAACGUCAUGUAUGCCAAAACUGUGCUAAAUCAUUCAAAAACAAUUCUGCUCUCAAGAGACAUGUAGACUCUAAAUGUGGAAACAUCGCUUUCGUUUGCGAAAUCUGUGAUUGUUCCUUUCAGACCAAUUCAGGCCUUCUUCGUCACCGCCGAAAAAAGCACGUGGGUAAAAUGCCGUAUGAGUGUGCGCAGUGCGAAUGUCGUUUUACAGACAAAGAAACACGCGAUAGGCAUGUGUGCCAGAAGGAAUGCAAGAUGUAAACGAUGUCUUCUCGUUCUUCGUAAAUGCGCGACAAAAUACUGCAGGUCCUGGCCAGCGCUCACUGUUCCAUGAACUACGUUGUUGGUGAACAUUGUUUUAUGAAACUGACUUCAAGACAAAUCCUAAUGGGCUGCAAGAUUGUAUUUUGUGUAACUAGGGUGCUGAAAUAUCCACAAAAGAUCUUUGACACCCAUUUGUUUAGAGAAACUUCUUGUGCAGUUCUUCACAGGGUGUACCAGCAAACAAGCUUUAAUGACCCAUAUUCGUAGCAAUUUUGCAUGGUAAACAGAAUGAAAUAUCUCAUUAGGAAGCAUUUGAGACAGGAGGUACUGCAUUCUUGUCAACUGAAAAGUAAUUUCUGCCACUAUAUGAGGUCCAAAAGCCCAGUUGCCUUCAAGAGACAGCACUUGCAGAUGCUUUUACAACAAUGUAUGACAACAUUGUACAUGUAUGAAAAUUAUUUGCAUGAAAUUUUGUUCAAUGCAUUGACUGCUCUUUGGCGCGUGUAUUCAUACUGCCGAUGUUUGUUAUAUACCAUAGAAUAAGCUGAUGAUGGCAGUGAGACUGGGUUAGUUAUUAGUGAGACUGUAUUAGUAAUUCUAGUUAUGUUUUUAUGUGGCGGCACUUCUGAAGUGUAAUGGAUAAUUUUUUUAUCCUCAUGGAAGCUGUAAAAUCUUUUAGCCUGAUGUGACUAAAUUUCUGUGCAAAAAUGACAAUAAAGGAUUGAAAUGACAAGUUAUACCCCUGUCACACGGGAAGAUUUAAUGUCAUUCGAACCAAAUGGCAUUCCAUGCAUCGAAUCCCAUUUGGUCCAUUGCGGUGCUACAUUGUAAGAUAUAAUGGCAUUUGCAACUGGUAUCAAUGACGAUAUGGAACAAAAUUUGUGAAAUUCAAAGAAAUUUUGAGCCUAUAAUUCGCGUUUAAAAACUUUUGCGAGUACUUUUAAAACGAACGAAAACAUUUUGGCGCUAUUUAUUCACAACUAAAAGCACCUCUACCAACACAUCCAAUAUUGCCGACCUCCGCAACAGACUUCUGAUGCAAAGAGUAGUAGCGCUUGAGCACAGCCCAUGCUGAAAAUAUCGCGGCAAAAAAUUUCCGUAUAAGUAAAAAAAUAUCUUCUGACUUUGCAGAUGCACGCAUUAUUUUUUCGCGUUGCGUGUCGCUGUUGUCUAUCUGGGGUCAAGAGUAUACAUUCGGUUCGAAAUCGAAUGCGAAUGAGUUCCCCUAACUCAUUGGGUGGCAAAUGUCACUUCCUUCGAAUGACAUUAAAUUUUCCCAUCUAAAUCGCCAUUAUCUGCGAAUGCCAUUCGAUUCAAAUGUCAUUAAGUCUUCCCGUGUGACAAGGGUAUAAGCUUUCAUUUUUGUUUACACGCUU